GUUUUAGGAGCGUCUCCGAAGCUUAAAAAGAUUAUUAUUUUUUUUAGGGUUUUACUGGUAAUUAACCGCCAUGGAUCCUUCAGCUAUCAACAGCCCAGAAUUGCUGCAAUUCAUCAAUCAAGAAAAGGAAAGAGCCAUGAUCAACGAGAUGGUGGCAAAGCUCACAACUGUGUGCUGGGACAAGUGCAUCACCAGUACUCCGGGUAGCAAAUUCAGCUCGAGUGAACAAUCCUGCCUUUCGAACUGCGCUCGGCGCUAUUUGGAUAUGAGCGCAUUGAUUAUGAAACGUUUCCAGAACAUGCAAUGAACAUCUUGGAGGUUUUGAUAUGCCCAAUUUCAUUUUUUGAUAUGCCCAAUUUCAUUUGGAAGAUCUGUUUUUUGGGGGCCCCUGUGAUGAGUCAAACAAUUGACAUAUUUUUGUAAUUUUGAAGCUUAUUAUUUUCCUUGAAACCAUUUA